UCCCAGGCGCCUAGCUCCCGCCGGGCGGGACGGACCGACGGACUCAGGCGGGCCACCCCGCUCUCCUCGCCGCCGCCGCGGCGGGCGCGGGGCCGCGCGGCGAGGCCUGAUUCCUGCAGCGCGGGCAGGCGGCGUCGCAAAGCGGAGCGAGCUCGAGGCGCCGGGACUCCUGCAGGUGAGAGUGAUUUCCCAGUGAUUGCUUUGGCCCUUACAACCAAAGAACAGGAUUCUUCCCUUCUUUUUGGCCACUAAAUGCCUGCGCACACCACACAUCCCUGCGAGGGAAGAAGGGCGGAGCUUCUUGGAUGAUGAUGGACAUUCCACUGGACAGGAUGAGGGCAGAGAGUGUGACAUCAACACCACAAAGGUGCAGCGUGAACUUCCUCAUCUCCCUUCCCAUCCAGCUCCCUGCCUCCUGUAUCCACCAUGGUGUUUGGUGAGUUUUUCCAUCGCCCUGGACAAGACGAGGAACUUGUCAACUUGAACGUGGGGGGCUUUAAGCAGUCCGUCGACCAAAGCACCCUCCUGCGGUUUCCUCACACCAGACUCGGAAAACUGCUCACCUGCCACUCGGAAGAGGCCAUCCUGGAGCUGUGCGAUGACUACAGUGUGGCCGAUAAGGAGUACUACUUUGAUCGGAACCCCUCCUUGUUCAGAUACGUUUUGAAUUUUUAUUACACGGGGAAGCUGCAUGUCAUGGAGGAGCUGUGCGUAUUCUCAUUCUGCCAGGAGAUCGAGUACUGGGGCAUCAACGAGCUCUUCAUCGAUUCCUGCUGCAGUAAUCGCUACCAGGAACGCAAGGAGGAUAACCACGAGAAGGACUGGGACCAGAAGAGCAAUGACGUGAGUACCGACACCUCCUUUGAAGAGUCGUCCCUGUUUGAGAAGGAGCUGGAGAAGUUUGACAAGCUGCGAUUUGGUCAGCUCCGGAAGAAGAUCUGGAUUCGAAUGGAAAACCCAGCCUACUGCCUGUCUGCCAAGCUCAUUGCCAUCUCGUCCUUGAGCGUGGUGCUGGCCUCCAUUGUGGCCAUGUGUGUGCACAGCAUGUCAGAGUUCCAGAACGAGGACGGAGAGGUGGAUGACCCCGUGCUGGAAGGUGUGGAGAUCGCGUGCAUUGCUUGGUUCACUGGCGAGCUUGCCAUCCGGCUGGUUGCUGCUCCCUGUCAAAAGAAAUUCUGGAAAAACCCUCUGAACAUAAUUGACUUCGUCUCCAUUAUCCCCUUCUAUGCCACCUUGGCUGUAGACACCAAGGAGGAAGAGAGUGAGGACAUUGAAAACAUGGGCAAGGUGGUCCAGAUCCUCAGGCUUAUGAGGAUUUUCCGAAUCCUCAAGCUUGCCCGGCACUCAGUAGGACUUCGGUCUCUAGGUGCCACCCUGAGACACAGCUAUCAUGAAGUUGGGCUCCUGCUUCUCUUUCUCUCUGUGGGCAUUUCCAUCUUUUCUGUGCUUAUCUACUCUGUGGAGAAAGACGAGCAGACAUCCAGCCUCACCAGCAUCCCCAUCUGCUGGUGGUGGGCCACCAUCAGCAUGACCACUGUGGGCUAUGGAGACACGCACCCAGUCACCUUGGCCGGGAAGCUUAUCGCCAGCACGUGCAUCAUCUGUGGCAUCUUGGUGGUGGCCCUCCCUAUCACCAUUAUCUUCAACAAGUUUUCCAAGUACUACCAGAAGCAGAAGGACAUUGAUGUGGACCAGUGCAGUGAGGACCCACCAGAGAAGUGUCACGAGCUACCUUACUUUAACAUUAGGGACAUUUAUGCCCAGCGGAUGCACGCCUUCAUUACCAGUCUGUCUUCUGUGGGAAUUGUGGUGAGCGAUCCCGAUUCUACAGAUGCUUCAAGCAUUGAAGACAAUGAGGAUGUUUAUAACACAGCGUCCUUGGAGAAUUGCACAGCAAAAUGAGCAGGGACAUUUGUGCCUGUAUCUUGUGUCCCUUCCUGACGUUAGGUUAACACAGCUUUAUAAACCUCAAUGGGUUCGUUAAAAUAAUUUAAUUCUCAGGGUGUACCUUUCAGCCAUAGUUGGACAUUCAUUGCUCCAAAAUGAUAGAAUCUUCUUUAUUUUUCUCAGUAAAGUGAAUUAAAUGCCUUGUUCUGAAAUUUAUUUUUUACAAGAGAGAGUUGUGAUAUGAUUUUGGAAAAAAAAAAGGUAAAUGGGACUGGGUGGGAUUUAUUGCUACGGCUUAUGUAUCAUUCUGUGUUUGUCAUCUACUCACAUUGAGCUAACUGUACAUUACUGACAAGUAGAAUCAGAGGCCCGGCUGACUGAAGACUCCAUGCAUGUAAGAUCCACAAAAUGAGACAAUGCAUGUAAAUCCAUGUUCACGUUCUAGACAUGGAAAUUAGGAGCCUAAUAAACUUGCCUAAUUCAGUGUGGAGAAUGUCUUGGUUGUACGUUUUUAUGUCAAGUAAGUAUAUUUCAGGAUGUUCAAACUUGGUCUGGAAGGGAACUGCUC